UAUUUCUGUCGUUUGCGCUAUUUUCGUAUGAAGGUCAAAUAUUAGUAUCGUCUGCCGACUUUCCUGAAAUAUUUUUGUGGAAUCGAGUGUUCAUGCAAUAUUUUCGUAGUCCAAACCUCCUCUCAACUUUAUAUAUGAAAAACUCAGUUGCAUAAAUUAAAGAAACGCCUUUCUUUUGUUGCUUCUUACGUGAAUGGAAGUCUCUACACUUGGAUUUCUUGAUCAUCUUUAGGAUUCCGGAGAUAUUAGUUAGGAAGCAUGAUAUGAUUUUCUACUAGUGAAGCACUUCAAUCAUUUCCUUCAUUUCUUUAGUGAACUACAACACAAGCAUAAUACUAUAUAAAGCCUUAUUUUUUUCUUCCUCCCUUCAAAUUACAAUUAACUCCAUAAUGAGCAGGAAUAUUCAUUCAACACUAUUUUCAUUCAUUGUAUAUCUACUCAUAUACUCCAUUUUGGUUAUCGAGGUUAACACAAAAGAAACAGAAGAUUUAAUUAUGGUAUUUAUUCUUUGUCGACACGGGGACAGGUCUCCUGUUCACACUUUUCCAACUGAUCCUUUUCGAAAGCUUUGGAAAAUGGGAUAUGGUCAGUUAACAGCUUAUGGUGCAAAACAACACCAUGAACUUGGCCAGAUGAUUCGUAAAAUGUAUGCCAGUCUGAUUCCUGAAGUUUAUCACAAGGUAAUGAAUGUUUUCUUUUAUUCUCAAAUUGAUAAAAUGAUAGGAUGAAGUAUUAUUUCGUAGUUCAGGCACUGAAAGAACACUUAUGUCUGCAAAUAAUUUUAUCAGAGGACUAUAUCAACUAGAAAAGGAAAGUACAAAUCAUUUGCCUCCUGUCUUCUCCAGAAUGGUAAAUGAAGAUCAUUUGUUGAAAAUGUCUAGUAAAUGUCCUAAAUUCAAGAGGCUGUUUAACAAUUUGAUGAACUCGUCAGCAGUUUUUAAAAAAGCAAAAAGCUUGCAAGAUUUUUUCUCCUAUCUGGAGCGAAUGACUGGUUACACUUUCCCAAAGGAUAGAAGUUCACCUGAAAAUUUCUAUCCUGCCUGGCGUCUAUGUGAUCCUAUCACAAUAUGGGUUGAACAAGGACUGCCUUCAAUACCGAAAUGGGUGACUAAGGAUGUUUAUCAAAAGUGUUCUAGCCUAUUGGAUUUCAAGCAUUAUAUUCGAUUUUCUGAACCACAUUUAACAAGAUUACGUGGUGGUCCAUUAGCUGGUCAUCUGGUUGACUUAUUUCGUGAACGAAUCGAUAAAGAAAUAAAAACUAAAGAUCAGAAUAAUCCUCCUGAUGAAAAUCAUCAGUCUUCAGAAGGACUUCAUCGACGAUUUGUUGCCUAUUUUGCGCAUGAUUCUACACUGGCGGCUUUAAUGAGUCAUCUGGGUGUAUAUAAUGGGUUGAAACCUCCUUUAGCAAGUUGUCUAAUCAUAGAACUACGUCGUCCAAGAUCAACUGUCGACGAUUUCCACCUCAUCUUCUAUUAUUUCAAUGAAACCAGACUCCCUUUCAACAACAACAACACUGUAAAAUUAAUAAAUCUUUGGCCACCAUAUUGUGGCGCUUUCAACACAGCGAGUUCUUGUCCAUUUACAAAAUUUGAAUCAUCAAUCCAUGGAACUUAUGCUACAGAUAUAUCAAUGGAAUGUUAUGAAGAUGUUAUGAAUACUGAUCAGAUGAAGCCGGCAACAACAACAACGAGAUUAUUAACUAAGCCAACAGGUAUGCGAAUAUUUGAAUCCUAUUGUUAUUAUCCGCAACUAUUGACUCUUGUCUUAUUUCAAACAGCUGUUGUCUGUUAUCUGAUUGUACGCUUCCUGCCUAUCCCUAUGAUGUAUGUUGUAAAUAGUUUAAGAUAUUUACGUUUAUAAUUACUGCUUUUGCAUUUUAACACACAUACACUUAAAACCGAUGUACUACUUACUGCAUUAUCGUAGUAGUGUUAAUGCGAACAUUCCUUUCUCAUUCCUCCCUUAGUGUCUUUCAAUAGCUGACUUACCUAUAUUAUGUUCAACAACAACCAAAAAAUAGAAGAAGUGUGUUCAUUUUCUCCAAAAGGAUUGUUUUCUGUUUUUGUUCUUUUUUAAAACCAAAAUUCAGGGACUUUAAUGCAUAGUGUUCCUUUCAAUGACAACGAUGUACAUGCAGUAGUAUUGAGCCCAUCUUCCAUUAUUAUUAUUAUUUUAAUUAUUAUUCGCGUGUAUCUAAUACGUUUUUCCGAGUCUCUGUGUGUAUAUUCUCACACUAUUUUUUAUUUGUUUUGUUUGCGAUUUUAUUUUGAAAG